CAGGUCCCAACUACUACUAUCUCCUCGCGAUCCAACCACUGCUUGGAGAAUAGGACCUGUCCCUUUGGGCUAGUUUUUAACUGUUGGAAACUUGCUCUUUGAAACCUAACCGUCAGUCAAAACUGUUCCUUAGUUGCUCAGGUCCUUUUUUUCAUGUCGUAUGUAUGUUUAACAUUUUGAACUUGUUGGCGUCAUGCUACAAGUCUAGGAACAAAUGCCCUCAAUCGAUACUAAGCAGAUGUAAGGUCUCGACACACUUAGUACGUUUUCAGUUCAAGGAACGCUAACUUAGGACAGCGCUGGAAAGAAAAACAAGACCAUGUACGUUUGCCCUUGACAUUUCAAUCAAUUACGUCUCUUAGGGCACGCGUCUCUUCCGUAUACUAACGUGGGAAACUGUACAUGUUUAUUUCCAAUCAGAUGCUAGAAUCUGCCAGGAGAUUAGGAAAAUGUAUGUGCGAUUUUAGAAAAUAACUACCAUCCAAGUAAUGAAAAUAUUUCUAUAUUGCAAUGCAUAUGCUACAAAAGGACCCUUUGAACUAGAAUAUUUCAUAUGCUGGGUUUCGUGUGGGGUCUUUUUAAAGUCAAUAAGGGUUGUACGUGACUUAGCAGUACGAAUAUUUGUUUACGCGUAGAAGUUUAGACUUUGACCCUGAGGAGGGGUGGAGUUGUUGGCAGAGACAUGUUUCUUGCAAUGGUCGCUUCUGACAUACUGAGUGCUUGCCAGUACUGUCUUGAUUGAUUGUUUGACAAUGCACUUGUUUUGAGUGUUUUUCAAUGCACCUGUCAUACUUCAGUCAUCUGUAUGUAGGAACCAUUUACUCUCCAAGCAGAGGUUGGUAGGGAACAUUGCGGCUUUUUUAUCACAUGCUUCGGUGGGACCGUUAGAAAGAAAACGAUCUAGGCGCAUAAAAUGGUCACUAUCUUCAUUCUCCACCAACCUCUGCAUGGAAGGAAGGCCGGAAACAUUGCGCAUUGCUGGGAUUCUGCGCCCUACCAUCUUUCAGGUGCAGAAUCAUUGUGAAUGUAGAAUGUGCUGUACUCGUAGCUCCUUCCAGGAGACAUAGUCAUUGGAAUAGAAUGGAGCGUGCGUUGGCCAUUGGAUCGCAAACAAAACGGAAAAGAGAAGAAAGCAAAAUGACGCCAGCCCCAACUUUCUUGUCGAUCCAAACAAAAGGACUGUAGUGAUUGAUGAUUGACUCAACAUAAAAAGGUCGACCAUAAAGCUGUCUCAUUUGUCCUGCCCUUUCGCCGCUUGUCCUGCCCUUUCGCUACUUGUAAACUUUAACCACGAAUGUCAAAAGUAUUGUAAGACAUCUAGCGACAGCCAUGCUAUAAAUGCAUUGAUGGUUAACUUAUCAUCACGUGAAAAACAUCAGUGCACGUACAUGUAUACGUUUCCUGGACAUUUGUCUUUUUUGUUUUGACUGCGGCUCGCCAGUAAUUAACUCUGAUGACCAGAGAUCUACUUAAGAGAUUUAUUGACGGAACGCCUUGGACAAAAAAAGCACCCCAAGCUUGCUUUUGAGACUGCAUGGUCAAAAUUUCCUUCUCAAAUGCUAAAAAAGUAUUCAUGCUGAACUGUCAUUCCUUACUCGAAGAUGCCGUUGGACACGGUCUUGUGUUUGGACACGUCCGGAUCCAUGUCUGGUGCGGGGAUGACGUCCCUGCGGAGAGCGGUGCGCCAGUUCCUGCAAGGCGUACAGGAGACCGCGAGCGAGACCGGUCUUCGCGAGAACGUCGCAGUGGUGGAAUUUGGGAAAAGAGUCAGGAUCGUUCAGUCUUUGACCAACGAGUAUUGGCGAGUGCAAGCCGCCGUCGACGGUCUGGAGGCAGACGGCAGCACCCCCAUGUUCGAGGGACUGAUCGAGGCUUUAAAGGAAAUGUUACAAAAUGGAGGGGUCAUCUCUCUGGCCGGAGGAAGAAUCAAGAUGACUCCACGGGUCAUCCUCAUGACGGACGGGAUACCUGAUGACAAAGAGAAGGUGUUUAUAGCGGCUGCCAGCUUUAGCCCCCAAGGUUUCAGCGAAGUUGGUCUGCCCUACCCCAUUCCUAUCGCCUGUGUGGGGUGUGGCACAGGUGUUGACGUGGCCCUGUUAGCCGUUGUCGCCAAGGUAACCAACGGGAUGUUCGCCAUCGGUGACGUCAGCGAACUGUCCAGCUUCUUCCGCAAACAGGUUCUCCUCAUCCGGUUUGCCCUGCAGUUUGCCCACGAUAUGGAGAAACUCCGGAACCUGAUCUUGUUGCGGGAGUUUAUGGCUAGGAUGGGAGAACAGGUCAGCGAAGAGGAGUUGAUCGGACUGAAGACGCUGCUGUUAGCGAUGAUAGUCGCCGCUUCUGCCGAGGAAGAGAGUCCGUCAUCACCGUCAACCCGCCUGGCGAUAACUGCGCCUCCGCCGGCGACUUCAUACUCGCCUCCAACCACGACACAGCCAGUCAGAGUCAAGGAGGAGGUGAACCACUGUUUGCACUGCGUGAUAUCAAUUUUCUUCCCGUUGUGGAUCUUCGUCUGGAUCUAUCUGGUAUGGACGACUUUGAAUGCACGAUAUGUAUAUCCACAUAAGAUUUGAAAUAAAAUCGCAUUCUUGUGCGUAAAUAUUUAAGAUUCUGUACAGUUUCUAGUGUUGCACAUGCCGUCACUUUUGAUGAAUGUAAUGAACCCAACAGCUAUGAUAGUAACGUAUAGAAAUAUAUUUUGUAACAUAUGUUUUAUAUAACAUUUUUUGUGGGUUACGAUGCCAUGCACACACAGUCAUAUGUCUAUCAGUGUACACUAUUAGCAACGUUAUGGGUUUCGUUAUUUGUUGUUACUGGACGCCAAUCCAUAUG